UAAAGCGCAAGCAGCCCAAUAGGCCCAGCCUAACACCCUUAUGCCCUAAUUCACAUCAUGGCGGCGGCUCCUCCUUCGUCGGCGGCGGUGGCUGGGGCGUUGACGGUGGCGCUAGCGCCCAGCGUAGCGCCAACCAGCACAUUCUUCCGAUGCGCCCAGAUCUACCCUAACUGCCACCCAACCCUGAAAUGCCGCCGCGCUCGGACCCUCACCGCAGCCGCCGCGGCCGCUGCGGCGGGCAGCUCGCCGUCGUCCGCCGUCUUCCACGGGGAGUGCUUCGUCGUGGGGGACAACAUCGACACCGACCAGAUAAUCCCCGCCGAGCACCUCACCCUGGUGCCGUCCAAGCCCGACGAGUACCGCAAGCUGGGCUCCUUCGCCUUCGUCGGCCUCCCCUCCGCGGCCUACCCGACGCCGUUCGUCGCCCCCGGCGAGGAGUCCUCCCGCUACGCCGUCAUCGUCGGCGGGGCCAACUUCGGCUGCGGCUCCUCCCGCGAACACGCGCCUGUCGCGCUCGGAGCCGCCGGCUCGCGUGCCGUCGUGGCGGAGAGCUACGCGCGCAUAUUCUUCCGCAAUUCUGUGGCCACCGGCGAGGUAUACCCUUUGGAGCUAGCGGACGCUGGAGCCUGGAAAGAGUGCAAGACCGGGGAUGUGGUCACCGUAGACCUUGGUAAUUCCAUCAUGAUUAAUCACACCUCCGGCAAGGAGUACAAGCUGAAGCCUAUCGGUGACGCGGGACCGGUCAUUGAGGCCGGCGGGAUCUUUGCAUAUGCCCGGAAGACCGGAAUGAUUUCCUCGAAAGCUACUGCGUGAGGGAAAGGUGAACUUUAUCUGAUGUCAGAUUAGUUGAGGCUUCUUCAGGCAUCAAGGAAAACUGGGUUUUGUAUCAAGAGCUGUUGCACCUCUAGUUGCUAUUGUCCAGCGUGUGUACUGCUACUUUUGCAUAGGUUUGUACUAUCGACUAUGUUCUAAAAUAAGUUAUAGCGUUCUGAGCUGUGAUGAAUGUGUCCAUGCGGUCUAAUAUUACAGCUCAUGCUCUUUGGACAAUUGUACCGGCUAUCGUGCCUAUUUGUUUGAAUACCAUCUUUGUUGUCAA